AAGCUGACUGGUAUCCAUCCAGGGGUGCUAUGUAUACAGGAGGGAUCAUGAAGUGUCUCAUUGCUGUCCUGGUCUGUGUGGUGCUCGCAGAGGGAAUCAAGAUCCCUCUGCACAAGCAUAAGUCUAUGCGUGAGGCCCUGAGAGAGAAAGGGACCGUGGUGCCUUACCAGGAUCCAGCUCUCAAGUACCAGCCCAAUGAGUUCGCCAGCUCUGCGAGCAUGUACAUCAACAACUAUGCUGAUACCACCUACUAUGGAGCCAUCUCCAUUGGAACACCUCCCCAGUCCUUCCAGGUGCUGUUUGACACUGGCUCUGCCAACCUGUGGGUCAACUCCAUCUACUGUAACACUCAGUCCUGCAAUGCACAUAAAAAGUUCAACCCCCAGCAGUCCUCCACCUUCUAUGGCACGCGUCAGACCUUCUACCUGCCCUAUGGAGCUGGAAGCCUGUAUGGAGUCUUCGGAUAUGACACUGUCAAUGUUGGCGGGAUUGUGAUUAAUAACCAGGAGGUUGGUCUGAGCACAGAUGAGCCUGGUCAGACCUUCGAGGUGGCCAAGUUUGAUGGCAUCCUUGGUCUGUCCUACCCCUCUAUCUCAGCCGGAGGAGAGACCCCUGUCAUGGACAACAUGAUGUCUCAAAACCUGCUGGAUGCUGACAUAUUUGCUUUCUACCUGUCCAGGGGAGGACAGCAGGGCAGUGUGCUCUCUUUCGGAGAAGUAGACAACAACCUGUACCAGGGCCAGAUCUACUGGACCCCUGUCACCUCUGAGACCUACUGGCAGAUCGGCGUUCAAGGAUUCCAGAUCAACGGCCAGGAGACCGGCUGGUGCUCUCAGGGCUGCCAGUCCAUUGUGGACACUGGAACCUCCAUGCUGACAGCCCCAAGCCAGCUUCUGGGUAGCAUCAUGCAGGCCAUUGGAGCCCAACAGAAUCAGUAUGGAAUGUAUGCAGUGGACUGCAGCCAGGUCAACAACUUGCCAACUCUCAGCUUUGUUAUCAGCGGUGUUACCUUCUCUCUGCCUCCUUCUGCUUACAUCAUCCAAUAUGGAUACCAGGUCUGUGGAGUGGGUAUCACCCCCACCUACCUGCCCUCUCGUGACGGUGAGCCCUUGUGGAUCUUUGGAGACGUGUUCCUCAGAGAGUACUACUCCGUCUAUGACCGCACCAACAACCGCGUCGGCUUUGCUUCAGCUGUCUAAGUGUAACCUAACCUGACCAUAAACCUGAUCAGAUGAUAAUGAUUCUGUGUUUCUGUGUCCACUCAAACACUGUGAAGAGUCUGAGACUUUGGUACAUCUCAAACAUCUGCUCUGGGAUUAAACAAGACAUUUUCGAGAAUAUGGGUUUAAUUUCAAUCGACAUGUUCA